GUUUAUGGCCUUUAUUCUUCUUGUUUACAGGCAGCAUUCUGUGUCAUAUUCCUGAUAUUACUUGUUCAAGGAGAGAAUGAAAACGAAGUCAGUGAGGCAGACAUGGAAUUGCAAGGUGCUUGAUAAUUUAGUUCAAGUCUUAAAACAGAGUAAGCAUCAUCUCUCGCAUGCGUGCGUUGGAGCCAGUUUUCAUGGCCAAACGUAGCGACGCAAACCAUCGAAAAUAAAUUUGGAAGGCAAAAAAAUUCAUUCCAUAAUUCAGAAAACGAAACUAAUUACCUCUUAAACUGAAAUUUUUAUCGGAUUAAUAUCGGAUAUAAGAAUGAUGAGAACCUGUUUUUUCCCGCUUCACCAACCCACAGUACAAAUUUUUGUGGAAAAAAAAACAGUUCUUAUGACACCAAGACAGCAUUAUUUAUUUCUCUCUCACACAAAUUCAAAGUGACUUUAAAAAGAACCUUUAUUGCAGACCGUAUCUGUGUGUUCGUCUAUAAAUUCUUUUUAUUUUCUAGGCCAUAAUCUUAGAGAAAAGAGGAGCUUCAGGUCGUGGGGAAGGAGGAGCCGCCGCCAUUACCGCCCCUCUUACCGCCGCCGUUACCAUUACCGUUAUGGUUACUGCGCACGCUAUUGGGGUAAGUAGCUUAUUCUGUUUUUAUCAAAAUAAAUCAGCUAAAAAAUUUCUUUUAAAGUUAAUGCGUUAUACGUUAUGCACUCUGAUGGUAAUUGGCGAUGUAACCUCGUGCCCAGCGUUUAAGUAACUGAAAUGCUGGGACCGGCCCUCCCAACGCUUGGCCGUAGAAGGUCUGGUUAUGAGACUAUUGUCGGUGAUCAAUCAGAGAACAGACGCAAGGAGAGGUCAUGAAAAAGCUCGUUUUUUUUUUUAUUAUUUCGUUCAGCGUUACGCACAGUGUUGAAAAUAUUUGCAAUAUUUUUAUAAAUUUAAGAGCUGAAGGAUCUGUUUCCAAAGGAAGAAAAAAUGGGCGAGUUCCUAGCUACAAGAAAAGUACGUUGCAAGGCACAUAAAAAAUCUCAGAGAGUCAAGCGACCGAGGGGAAUUUCCUUUUCUUGUUUAAUAUCAAGUAUAAAUUGGCCGUGUGUCUUAAAUUUUUAACAUAAAAGUCGCCAAAUCGUGGUACAUGUAAUAAAACAAUAGAUAUUAUGUUCGAGCUGCUGGGCAAGGGUUAAAAUGACUCUGAGAAGAGCCAAAAACAUAUUUAAGCCCACGAACGUAUACUGUACUAUUACUAAUAUCAUCAGUAAAAUAGCAACAGAAAAAAAUGAAGAAUCACGAGAGUGUGCGAGCUUUCAGCUCAGCAAAAUUUUCAUUUUAGCCCACAAAAUUCGCCAUAAUGCACGACAAAGGGAUAAUAAUAACAUCACUGACAUACAAACCGCAAGCAAGUGCGCUAAUUUUUUUUAUUCCUAUCACGUUUUGAGGAAAAUAAUGAAAUAGUGAGAAAAAAUGUAGCAACUGACCAAAGAAUGGUACUUUUUUAAAGCAACUAACUGUGUUUUUCUUAAACAGGAAAAAGGAAGUAUUCCAUACUCAAAUCUGUACUGAAAGAAGUAGACUGCUUGAAUAAUACAAAUUGCCAAGAAAGUCAAGUCAAAAUCUUUGGUAAGUAUCAUGUGAAGUUACUAACCCUGAUUAGAGCUAGACCAACAACAAAAUGCUGACAAAGUAAGUAAUCCAUGUCAGAAACGUAGUAGAGACUCUGUUUCCAGAGAAAUGCCUGAUAAGGAAAGCAUUUCUACAUAAACAAAUGACGCAAUUGCCAAGUAAGCCGAAGCAUAAUCAGAUCUUGAGUUUAGGUUGCUACUGAUUAAACCUUUCACUCCCAAGAUAUCAUUGUUUAUUCUCCUUAAUGUCUGCCAUGUCAUUCUCAUUAUUUGUUUAGCGAAUUUGGUAGUUGAUGAACUAAUCAUGCCUUCCAUGAUAUGUUUUUCUUUAUUCUCAUCACUUGUCUGCUGAAUAUUGUAUUCAUAUUAUAAGGAGAAAUUCAGUUUUGGUCUCACUGGAUAGUAAGAAGUAAGGGGCGGGGGGGAGAGGGGUGCUGUCGAAGGAUUUUGUUUGUGUCACUAAUGAUUCCCCCUUUAUUAGACGUCAAUUUUCUAUAGUCCUUCCUUUAAUCUCUGAUGGAGACGACUGAUCCUUCUCUCAGUUCCCCCUAAAAACCAUACGAUCCCCCCCUUCGAAAAAAAAACAAACAAACGGUCCUACAGGCGAUAAAUGAAGGUUUUUGUCCCUGAUUAUUCGAUCCAUAACUAAAUCGAUACAUUUUCAUACCAAUUAUUCUGAUCUUGUUCGGAGGAAGUCUGCAGAUCUCUAGGUCGAAGUUGUUCUUAUCACCCUCUUUAUUGUAUAAGUAAAACGGUUAGUUCUUUGUUCAAAGCAAGGACGCGCUAUAAACAGAGGUGUACCAUUUAUCAUAUCUAUAACAGGAGAGAUUUUCAAGCCACCCACUCCUGCCCCACCCAUGAGUCCAAUUCCGUCGCCUUCCUCCAGUCCGGUGAUGACCGUAUCACCUUCAAGUUCACAAGUUGUAUCGUCGAUGCCGGCCGUAUCACCUUCAAGUUCACAAGUUGUAUCUUCGAUGCCGGCCGUAUCACCUUCAAGUUCACAAGUUGUAUCUUCGAUGCCGGCCGUAUCACCCACACCAUCCUCCAGUAGUGUAAUAGCUUCACAGUCUAUUUGGACAAUCAACAUUUAG